AUGUCAAAUGCAUCUGACUCUGAUGCUUCUAAAAUUGCUGAUAAUUGCGGUAAUGCAUUUGGAUUUGGAAAAUUGUUUCGUAAAAGUUUUGGCAAGAAAGGAAAGAAGAUAGAUGACAACCGGAGAGAGAAAGAGAGGGACAAAGAGAAAAUAAAAGACAAGGAGAAAGAUACUGUGGAUAAUAAGGAAACUAAAGAUAAAAAAAUAGAUCUCUUAACAUUUUCUGCUCAAUUUCCACCAGAGGAUUGGCCGCAGGUUCUACAAGAAAUGAAGCGGAAAGCAGCAGUCAUAAAACGAGAUAAAAACGGUGGGAAAUACGAAACAAGUCUUGUUAAUCACAAUGGCGGAUCUCCUAAAGCAAGUCCAAAGAAAGAUCACGUAGUAAUUUGUGAUGAAGUUGAGCAUAUUCCGGGACCGUCCACUUCUAAAGACAGAAAGAUUAAAGUGUAUCGAAAAAAGGAUGACAGCGACCCUCUUCCUGAAAGCGAGGCAGAAUUUAUCAUACCGACAAAGAUGUAUGAUGACAAAUGCCGCACAAAAGCGGUUUCUGAACAAUUACGGAAACAAUAUUCCAGAAAACAUAAAGAAGAUCCUUGGAAGUAUCUGAGAGAAAAGGAAGGAAAGGCAAUGAAGAAAAAUACGGAGAAAGAGGCUGCUGUCAACGGAGUUAAUGGCACAAGGCCAAAACGUACGAGCGCUAAAGAACGUCCAAAAUCUGAUCCCAGAGACAUUCGCUUAAGAAGUAUAGCUCAGAUACGUACAGCAGAAUAUGUCAGCAAGCUUCCAACAUCUGCGGAUGUUAACGAUGUACAACACUGGGAUGACGAUAUACAUCUUGAUGUAGAUUCGUCUGAAUUUACAACCAGCGAUAAUAACAGGGUGCUAUCACAUCGUGCCAAGAGUAACCUACGAUCUCCAAAGAAAGCAACCGCUGAUCAUGACUUUGAGUCAUCAGAUAUGACACCUUCUGAGGAUCUCAGAGGACGUCAUACAUCUCGUCAUUAUCGGGCAAUUAAGCGUGACGCUACCAAGAUAAUACGGGAUAUUCAAUCACGGGUGGAUGACACUUCUGAUACUUUUACUAGCGACCAGGAAGAUUAUGCGACCCAUCAUCAUCAUCAUGGUUGCCAGGUGAUUAGCACAAAGUCAUCAAAUGGCAAAAGUUCCGCUAAAAGAUUAAACAGUUUUUAG